CAGCAGUAGGAGAAGACAGCCAGUGGCUGAGGCAGACAGCAGCGCUACUCGACAGGAAAGACCGACGAGCAGUUGACCGAUAGGCGCUUCGUGUCUGGAGGACGUUUCAGGAGGGAGCACACAGCGAGAACUCGCUUUCGGAAGGGACAAAAAAAAAAGAAGUAACAAUUCUAUUUCGUUGAGGAAAAAGGGGCGCUCUCUCCCCCACACACGGCGAAAUGUGUGACCCGUGUUGCGUCUCGCAGCUGGCCUGCUGCUGUGGUACGGCGGCUUGCUCCUGCUGCUGCAACUGCUGCCCCAAGAUCAAGCAGUCCACGUCCACGCGCGUCAUGUACGCCUUGUACUUCCUGAUGGUCACCAUGGUGUGUGCCAUCAUGAUGUCCCCCACCGUGGAGCAGGAGCUGCACGACAAGGUCCCUUUCUACAGUGCCAUGUGUAAGAAGCUGGGCGACGGGGAGACCUGCAAAAUGCUGGUGGGCUACUCGGCCGUGUACAAGGUGUGCUUCGGCAUGGCCUGCUUCUUCUUCCUCUUCUUCCUGCUCACGCUGCGGCUCAACAACAGCCAGAGCUGCAGGGCCACCAUCCACAACGGGUUCUGGUUACCUAAGUUUGUUUUGCUGGUAGCAUGCUGCGUUGGAGGCUUCUUCAUCCCAGAAGAGGGAGGCUUCGAGAUGAUGUUUCUGAAAGUGUGGCGGUACAUAGGGGCGGUGGGGGGGUUCAUCUUCCUCCUCAUCCAGCUCAUGCUGCUGGUGGAGUUUGCCCACAGAUGGAACACAAACUGGAGUUCCGGGGUGAAGUACAACCGGCUGUGGUACGCCGCCCUGGCCCUGGUGACCCUGCUCCUGUUCAGCGUGGCAGUGGGCGCCGUUGCCUUCAUGGGCCUCUUCUACACGCACCCGGAGGCCUGCCUGCUCAACAAGGUGCUGCUGGGCAUCAACGGCAGCCUGUGCUUCAUCGUCUCCCUGCUCGCCAUCUCCCCCUGCAUCCAGAAACUGCAGCCCACCUCCGGCCUGCUGCAGCCCGGUGUGAUCAGCGUGUACGUUAUGUACCUGACCUUCUCCGCCUUCUCCAGCAAACCUAAAGAGACGUAUGAGGUUGCCGGGUUGAACACCACAGUGUGUGUGUUUCCCUUCAACUCUGGGAACGAGAGCGACAAGAAGAUUGUCACUGUCGUGGGGGCCGUCAUCCUCUUCUGCUGCGUCCUCUACUCAUGCUUGACCUCCACCACCAGACGGAGCUCUGCAGCGCUCCGUGUGUGCAGAAACAGUGAGCCCGAGACUGAGAGAGCGCGCUGCUGUUUCUGCUUUGGAGAUGACACGGAUGACAACGAUGAGGAGAAGAGCGGCGGUGGUCAGAACGUGGUGUACGACGAGCAGGAGGGAACCAUCUACAGCUACUCCUACUUCCACUUUGUCUUCUUCCUGGGCUCACUCUAUGUCAUGAUGACCGUCACAAACUGGUUCCACUACGACAACCAUGAGAUCGAGAAGCUGCUGGAAGGCAGCUGGUCGGUGUUCUGGAUCAAGAUGGCGUCCUGCUGGGUCUGCCUGAUCCUGUACCUCUGCACGCUCGUGGCGCCCAUGGUCUGCCCCAAGCGCUUUGAGGCUUAGAACACACACACACACAGACACAGACACACACACACCUCUAGACUUGUGUCGGGGUAAUGUGAUUGUAGCCACGUGUCUAGGUAGGGGGUUUUUCAGCGUAGCCAAGGGACCACCACGAUCUUCUACCCCCCUGAACGACACACCUACACUCCCCCCAGCCCCCCCCCCCUCCCCCCCCUCCCGUAUGGAAGUCUCUGUUGCCUUUUUAGUAGACGUCGUUGUUUUGACACUUUUUUGUUGUUUUUUAAGCUAUGUUGACUUGUUAUUGAUGCCUUGAUGGCAGAUUGUGUUUUUGAAUAUCAAUGACUUCUGGAGUUUUGUUACAUGCAGGGUUGGAGUUGAACAGAAUUGGGGGACAGUGUGCGCUGUACAGUUCUUGAUAUUUCCAACUUUGUCUCCUGUCCACGCUUCACGGAAACGUCAUAUCCUGUGAGUCUUACCUGUGGAUAGUUCUCUGGGCCGCAAAGUUGGUCUAGAAGAGCCCAAGUCCUUUUAGUUGAUCACUCUGACAAAGUCGGAAUACACUUUUAUGGUUGGGCUCAGAUUGAUUAUCGAUUUUAAGUCGGUGUAGAGACACUUUAAUCUUUUAUUUUUGUCCCUUAAACUGGUUUGAAAACUCAUCUCUCAGGCUCACAUCCACUGGACUUUGUCUGUGCUCGCUUUAUCCAUAACCCUUUUUGUAGUCGUUUUCUAUGCAACUGAACAAGUUCGUUUUUAUUUAAAACACAAAUGUCCCAAUGAAUCACCAACCUAUAUUGCAUUUCAUGUAUGAGCACGUUGCGAUUAUGGCUCUUUCUUCAAGACUAAAUUACUACUUCAAUUAUCGGCUAUUCGGUUAAACUUCCACUUUUGUCCACACUGUUUCUUUCCUACCCCCCCCCCCCCCCAUACAGGAAGCAGUUGGUUUGACCGUCUGUAAAAGCCGCAGUCAGGGUUGAGAAAUAUUUGCCAAAGCUAGAGCUCAGAAUACAAUAUUAUAUUCUGUUAAAUACAUAGUCACAUAUACAAUAUAGGGUAAUAACAUACAUCUUCGACCUACAUAUAAGCUUACAUUUCUGUUUUCUGUGCCGGCUCUUAGUUAUUGGCCAAUUCAGUAGUAGGGAGGACUUGUAAGCAAGUGUGCACAGAUUUAUUCAACACUGGAUGUUGAGUUUGCUGACCAAAAAUAACUGAUUAAAAUCAAUUUUUUCAUUUGUUUCGUUGUACAGAGUUACAGUUUAUUGUACACUUCGAGUGCAAAGGCUUUCCAUUCAAUAAAUAUAGUAAAUGUUCUGUUGUGUUGUUUUUCUACUGUAUAAACCUGUUUUAUACUAAUUUAUAUGAACUCUGGCUGUAUUUGUGUCCUUUCCAGUAAAAUAAUUGGAGUAAGAAUGAUGCUCGGUGUUCCUAAUACUUAGUCAAAACCACUAUUGGGCUGUUUUUCAUGUGUUUCGUUUUAAAUCUUUAUACAAAUGUACAAAAUCAAACGGUGCUUAUUGUUCUCAUAUCAAACUUGAAUAAAAUCGUACAGAAGGAAUCAAAAAGAAACGGCUGUACACUGCUCUGGUUUUAUUUUCCCACAUUUGUUCAUAACACAAACUAACUAUUUCAAAUAAACGUCAAGUGUUCAAAUUAAA